CCCCAGGAAAUAAUGUAAACAAAUAUCUGUCGUAAAAGACAUGUUAAUAUACGAAUGGGGGGUAGCUUUUUCACAUUUCCGUGGUGCGUUUUUACUGAAGACAGCACGGGAAAUCCGGGAUAAAUUAUUUUAAUUUGUAAAUUCAGUUAAUUUAAUUCAGUAACGUUUAUCUUAAGUGAAGUCGCAUUUGAACGGAUUGCUUACGGAACUGAAUUGAAUUUUUUUAGAUUGUGAUUUAACUUGAGUGUAAAAAGAUAAAAUUGAUGUUUUGUUAUAUUGGUUAAGUAUGUUUUGCCUCCAAACUCAGAAGUACAAAUUGUCAGGCACGUGCACGACAAGUCCCGGUGAAGGAUGGAGAGUCUAGGACUACAGGCUGUGACGCUCAGUGAUGGCUCCACUGCUUACAUUCACCAAGCCAUCAAAGACGGGAAGCUGAUAGAAGGAGACACCAUCCAGCUGGAAGAUGGGACCACUGCGUACAUCCAGCAGGUCACUGUGCAGCAGAAAGAGACCAUGUCUUUUGAAGAUGGCCAGGUGAUCCAGCUGGAAGAUGGAAACACAGCCUACAUUCACCACACCCCCAAAGAUGGCUACGACCCCAGUGCAGUGGAGGCUGUGCAGCUGGAGGAUGGCAGCACGGCCUACAUCCACCACCCCGUGGCCAUCCAGGCAGGCAGCACCAUUCUGGCUGUGCAGGCAGAGGGCGAUCUGGAGGAGAUGACAGCUGAGGAAGCAGCAGUAGACCCUUCCAUCGCUUCUCUGGAGCAGUAUGCUGCCAAGAUGUGCGAGUCAGAUGUGGACGAGACCAUGAGCAGCACCAAUGGGCUGCAGGAGAUGGACUCCGUUGAGGAGCAUGCCACAGUCCAGGUGCUGUUGGAGGGGGAGCCGCGGAGCUUGGGGAAGGCUCAGCAGAGUGGGGAGAAGUGUUUCCGCUGUGACUACGAGGGCUGUGGGCGGCUGUACACUACUGCACACCACCUGAAGGUUCAUGAAAGAGCUCACACUGGAGAUCGGCCCUACCGAUGUGAUGUCCAGUCAUGUGGGAAGGCCUUUGCCACAGGCUACGGGCUGAAGAGCCAUGUCCGGACGCACACAGGAGAGAAGCCCUAUAAAUGUCCUGAGGACAUGUGUUCCAAGGCCUUCAAGACAUCCGGGGACCUCCAGAAACACAUUCGCACACACACAGGCGAGCGGCCGUUCAAGUGCCCGUUCGAGGGCUGCGGGCGCUCCUUCACCACGUCCAACAUCCGCAAGGUGCACAUCCGCACCCACACCGGGGAGCGCCCCUACAUGUGCUCCGAGCCGGGCUGCGGAAGAGGCUUCGCCAGUGCCACGAACUACAAGAACCACAUGAGGAUCCAUACAGGUGAGAAGCCCUAUGUGUGCACAGUACCAGGCUGUGGGAAGCGGUUCACCGAGUACUCAAGCCUGUACAAGCACCAUGUGGUCCACACGCACUGCAAGCCCUACUCUUGCAACCACUGUGGCAAGACCUACCGGCAGACCUCCACACUGGCCAUGCACAAGCGCACCACGCAUGGAGACUUCGACGCCACGGAGGAGACCGAGCAGGCCCUCUUUGAGCAGCAUGGCACAGACACAGAGGGAGAAGUCUUGGAGCCUCCAAGCAAACAGCCAAGAGUUGCCUUUCUGGAGGGGGAGGAAGGUGACGAAGAGGGAGAGGCAGAGGAUGGUGGCAGAACUGUCUCUUCUCAGGUUACCAUGGUUGCACAUGAUGUCAUUGGGUCUCAGGUUGCUCUCAUCACUCCAGACGGGACUCAACAGGUUAGCCUUUCCCAUGAAGAGCUGCAGGCCCUGGGCACAGCCAUCACCAUGGUAACACAGGACGGCACCACCAUCACAGUCCCAACGCAUGAUGGUGACAUCACAGGUUCAGGGCCUCACACUGUAACCAUGGUUUCGGCAGAUGGCACGGAAGCACAGCCGGUUGCAAUAGUAACAUCAGAUGGCAUGAUAACUGGAACCUCUGAGCUGUCUGCCCCUCAUUACCAGCAGGUGGCGCUGUUGGCCACAGCAAACGGCACACAGAUUGCUGUGCAGCUGGAGGAGCAGCAGACCCUGGAGGAAGCCAUCAGCUUGGCUACAGCUGCGAUUCAGCAGGGGAGCGUGGUUCAGGACGAGGUGAUAGCGCAGGGGGGCUGCUGAGGAGCAGAGACGGCGCACCGCACAGUUGCCCCGCAGCGGGGAGCAGCUCAGAGACUGAACAGGCCAGCCCCAGCCCGACCAAAGUGCAGAGACGAGAACAGGAGCCAACUCCCCAUUGUCUCUUGCCAGCUUUAAAACACAACUUCAUCUUGGCAGGAAUUCAUGGCUCAAGUGUGGAGGUUUGAGAGGGUGGCGGAAGGGUCAUGUGCUGUUCAUCCGGAAAACGAAACAGCCCUUGACAAUCUCCAGUUGAGCAAUACAGAAAGCAGGAGAAAACUGUGGACAUUUUUCCCUGUAUUAAAAGUAAAUAAUAAAAACUCAGAACUGUAAGUGUCAGAAAAGGUCUGGUAUAAUAGUUUUAUGUCUGACUUCAAACAUCACCUUAUCAAACAAGAGAAUUGACUGUCUUAUUUUUUUAAGUCUACUAACCUAAUACAUUUUAGAAGACUUGGUUUAAUAAUUAAACUUGUUUUAUACAUGUUUUAUAGACUUACCAGGUUAAUGGCAGGGUUACUUUUAGGCAUAGGCAACAGGGGAGUCUUGGAGAAGCAAUUGAGAAGUUAAGAGAAGCUAAUUGCUUCACUGCAAUUAUAAAGUGACCAGAAGUAGUCAAGACCUCAGUUUAACAGCUCAUCAGUAGGUUGGCACCCCUACGCCCCGGUGUCCCUGGUCUCUACACUUGGACGUUUUCAUACAAAGAGAAGAGUGCUACCUACUGGUCCACAAACUGUUAUGAACAUAACCUUUCACCUGGCUACUUCUCAUCAUUGUGUGUGCUGCAAGAUGUUUUAAUUUAGAAUAGAAUGUUGUUAUCUUUAAUAUCUCUUAUCUUUGGCUGCUGGAUCUGAGAUUAAUGUUAAGGUGUGGAAUGUGGGAAAUUAAUACAGUUGAGACAUUCCCCUUCAAGUGUUGUAACGUCACUAGGGUGACUCAUCUCCAACAAACAUGAAAGAGCUGAGCCUAUGGCAGCAGCUUUUUGUGGAGAUCUUGUGCCUCGACAAGGAUUUCUGUUUCUUUUGUCUUCCUUGUCCCUUUAAAGUUGGGUUAGAAGGAAGACUGCAGUUUUCUGCUUAGGCUGGAAUGACAAGAAUGUUUUAGUUUCCAUUUAAUGUGUCAUUUCACCUUUUCCUAUUCUUUUACUCCAAUGUUCAGAUCAUCAUUUUGCUUGGGCCAAAUGCAAUCAAUAUUGGUGGAGGUGUGACAUUAUGCUGUUCCUGGAAAUGUGUGUCAUAGAGUGAUCUGGUGGUUUCACUGCAUUCACUGUACCUUUAUCUGCGCUGGCAGAGUAAAAAUGUUACUUGAGAGAAAGAGUGUGACAAACUAUAAUACUGCACGUAUUGCGAUCUGGGUUUCAGAGAGGAGCCAGGAGUUUUGCUAGGCAUGAUCUUUCAAACUUUUAUUAAAUUUGGCAACCUGAUCUUCACAGUGUACAAGCUUCAGUAUUUGUCAAUCUCCCUUCAGAUUCUCAAAGUACUAAGUACUAAAGAAAAAUAUUUUGGAUGCAUCGUUUUCAAAUUCUGUCUCAAGUAGAAUCUGAGAGCAUGGAAGGUGUAUAGUUUUCCUUUAAGUAAUCUUGUCCUUUUUAUAAUGUCAGUGUUUUACAGAUAGUGAUAAUUCCUUGCAUUUCUGUGAUGCUUUUGAGAUCUUGGCAGUCCUUAAAUAAUUGAAUAAUUGGUGUACUUAAUGAAAGCUCAGUCGUUGCCUUGCUAUGGUAUAACGAAGGGUCUUUACACCAUUAUUUCCUGGUGUUUUUCACACUAAAACCCCUCCACCGUCCCUAGAAUGACCACCAAUGCAUUUUUAUUAUAUGGGGUGGGGGUCCUCCCCGAAACCAAACAAGUUGAACAUUAACACAUGCUCCUCUCUUAUCACAGUUGUAUUAUAUAGGUUUGUCUACAGCUUCUGGGUACAGAAUAAGAGCUCAGGAAAAGGACAGAGCUGCUUUGUUUUACCAUUGCGUAUCUUUUAUUUUGUUCCAGGCCUGUUCUGGCACUACAGUGUUGCCUUGCAAGGCGUUUUGUAUUUUGCACCAGUGCAAAGUUCAGACAACUGGAAUAUAACUUCUGAGGUUAAAUCGUAAGUAAAUGCAAUACAGAUCUUCCCAGCUGCACUGAAUCUAAAAUUGUAAUGUUCUUGUCACUUUUGCGGUGGAGCAAAAGCUCACUUUAUGAGGCCCUUUGUGAGACUGGGCCCUUCUUAUGUGUGAUGACAUCUCUUUUUCAUUGUUAUUUUCCAUCAAUAAAAGGAAUUUGGUUAAUAAUG